AUGCUCGGGGACAAGACCACGUUGUCAAAUUUGAUACACAAAAGAACUGGUAUACCACUACCCGCCCUCGGGGGAGCACCGAUCUCUAAUUUCUCUAUGGACGAAAGGUUCCGUUGGGCAGCAUCACGAAAGACCAAAAGGAUAGAAGAUAAAGCUUAUUGUCUGCUGGGACUUUUUGAAGUGUAUAUUCCACCCAUCUACGGCGAGGGAGGUCACGCGUUUGAGAGACUCAAAACUGCGAUCCGCCAGAAGCUGCGAUGCCUUGCGAAGGAUUCGAGCACUGCUGAUCAGAAUGUCAAUGAGACGUUGAGCAAGCAUCGUCAAACCGUGCUGGACUCCCUGCGCUUUCAGGAGCUGGGCGCACGUCAAGCCAUUCUAAAGGAUGCCCACAAGAGUACCUGCGAGUGGAUUCUGGAGCAUCCGGAAUAUGCCAAAUGGAGCCACAGCGAUUGUGGGGCAUUUUGGAUAGUGGGCAAACCGGGCGCUGGCAAGUCAACCCUGAUGAAGUUUAUAUAUUCAAAGGCCGACAAGGCGAAAUCUGAACACGAGUUUGUAUUCGGCUUCUUCUUCAAUGCUCGAGGCAACACACUCGAGAGAACGACGAAUGGACUGUAUCAAGCAUUGGCAUUCGAGCUUUUGAGUGCCUUCCCCAAGCUGCAGAAUGCCCUCGACGGCAAGAGAUCUCCCACUGAAUGGACCUUACACUCUUUGAAACACCUUCUGUCUAGGAUUAUACAAAGAAUGGGGCCACGCACCCUCAAAUUUUUCAUUGACGCCCUCGACGAGUGUGACGAGCAAGAAAUCAAAGACAUGGUCGAACACAUGGAAGAGAUUGAGGAUGAUGUCUCGUUAGGCGGUGGUAUGCUCUCAAUAUGUUUCGCUAGUCGCCACUACCCAAGCAUUACAAUACGUAACGGCGUUCGCCUAAACUUGGACCAGGAAACCGGACACAUGAACGACUUGAACAUUUACAUUGGGCAGCGGCUACAGAUGAAGGGAGAAGGCACUCUAGUGCAUAAGAUCUGUGAAGAAGUGCGAAGAAAAUCAAACGGAGUCUUUCUAUGGACCGUGCUGGUCGUCGAUAUUCUCAAUAAAGAGAUUCGUCGAGGUCGCAUGCGCUACAUAAAAUCAAAGUUGGACGAGAUUCCUAGCGGACUCAGUGCCCUGUUCCUGGAGACUUUGGUACGAGACAAGGACGAGAUGGAAGAGUUCCACCUCUGCAUUCAAUGGAUCCUAUUUGCUCAGAGGCCCCUUCGAAUUGACGAGUUCUAUUUCGCAAUGGAUUCCGGGAUGCAGAACCACUCAUCGGGCGGCGCCGUAUGGCAACCAGAGCCUUGGGACCGCGAGAGCGUCACGAUAGACCAGAUCAAGCGAUAUGUCCAGACUUCCUCCAAGGGCCUUGCAGAGGUUGUGCCACCAAUUCUUCCAUGGCGCAUGGAGGAGGCUACCGUACAAUUCAUUCAUGAAUCUGUCCGAGAUUUCUUCCUCAGAGACGGGCAUCUUGCGGAUCUACUAUCGAUUUCCCGUGAUCAGGCGCGAACUCAUAGCCACGAGAAGCUGAAGAAUUGUUGUUUGAAUUAUCUUGCAGCAGACACGUCCGCUGUCAGGGGUGACCAUGGUCUUGACCAAUAUCCUUUCCUGCGCUAUGCCAGCAUCAACAUAUUGUACCAUGCGAAUGAAGCUGCUGACGAGGUGGCGCAAGACCGGCUCUUCGAUAUGUAUCCCAAUGAGCAUUACAUCGACUUUGCCUGGCCCCAGUGGCUCGCGGACGGAGACUCUAUGAUCCCUGGAUCAGCAUAUCCGCACACAUCUAACGUGACUAUACUAUAUCUAGCAGCCGAGCGCAACCUAGUACGGCUUAUCGCAAUUGCCAUAGAGAAAGGAUAUGAUAUAUGGCACCAGCUCCAACGCGAAGAGUAUCAGUAUGCCGUCCUUGUCGCCUUCGUCCAUGGCCAUCGAGAUGCCCUGGCGGUCUUGCUGGGCGAUCUUCCAGUGGCCUCGGUGGAGGAUAUAGCCCGGGAUCCCGGAUUCGGCAAAAUGGACCACAAGUAUGAUUUUGAUGACAUCCAUCGGGGAGUCUUGGUCUGGGCUUCGGAGCGCGGUAACUGGGCACUCGCCGAAAAUCUUACCCGAGUAAAUGCUCCGAGCAGUAUUCUGCUGGGCGACCGCUGGACCGGUAUUCGCGGGAAACAUGCUAUUACUAUGUCUUCAUACAUUGGCAGACUGCAAGUACUGGAGUACUUGCUUGAAAAUGUCCCCUGGUUCCACGCCGGCGAUGCUUUGAUCGCCGCCGUGUGCCAAGAUCAAACUGCAGUCGUACAACGCAUCCUCGGCCAUUGUCACGAUCUCAGCGGGAGAGAUUUAUCUACCAGGAAGAUUAUAUAUUAUGACUUUCCUGCGUCGUACGGUCGUUCUGUUACCAAAGAAUUGAAGGGCACGCUGCUUGCAGGCCUUCGUUUACGUGACCGUGGAUGUCGCGACAUGAACCCCUGGGAGGACUACACUAUCCGCGCCCUGCAACUGGCCAUUAUCAAGGGCCAUCUGCAGGUUGUUCAGCUACUUAUCGAUCACGGCGUUAACGUUAACUCCAACUGCCGACCAAAAUGCUAUUCGCUCCAAAUCGCUUCGGCCCUGAGGAACACAGCCAUAGUUAGACUACUGCUCGACAGCGGCGCUGACAUCACAGGCCGAAGUCCGCCCUAUGGAAGUGCUCUGCAAGCUGCUUCUGCUACUGGCCAGACAGACACUGUACAUCUGCUUCUCGAAAGAUGCGCAGAUGUGAACGCCACAAGUGCAGAAUUUCAGCCCGCUCUUCAUUUUGCAGCUUCCGGCGGCCACACAAGAGUCGUGCACGCACUGCUGGAUGCAGGUGCAAAUAUCAAUGCCAUAAGCCGUAAAUCCCACACGACUGCUCUCCACGUGGCUUCUGACUUGGGACACAGAGAUGUCGUGCAGACACUACUAGAUCGAGGUGCAGAUGCGUACGGCGACGAAGAAGUUGGGUGUGCACUUUGGGCUGCCUCUAAGCGAGGCAACACUGCCAUUGUAAAACUGCUGCUCGAACGUGGCGACUGUGGGAACGCUACGGCUCCGCAGGAUUGGUUAUGGCAACAUGCUCUCUCCAUUGCCGCCAGCUCAGGCCAUAGGGACGCGAUAGUCUUACUGCUCGAUCGAGGUGCGGAUGUCAACGCCUACUGUAAAGACGACGGUCUGGCUCUUCAUGCUGCUUGUUCGAGUGGCAGUUACAAGACCGUAAAAUUGCUACUAGAUCGAGGUGCAGACGUCAACGCCUAUAACGAAGACGGCGGAACGGCUCUUCACGCUGCUUGUUCGCGAGGCAUUUACGAGGUCGUGAAAUUACUGCUAGAUCGUGGCGCGAACAUAAACAACGACAGCGGACCAAAGAAUUCUCUCCAAACUGCGUGUACAUCAUCUCUGGACAACGUCGCAGUAGUGCAUCUGCUGAUGAGUCGCGGUGCCCGAGGCAAUUAUCAAAGAUGUCUCGUUGAAGUUUCUCGAUCAGACCACAUGAUGAAUGUACAGCUUCUCCUGAGCCUUGGUGGGCUCAUUCCUGCCCAAUGGCUUCGCGAAGCUCUGGAAGCUGCCCCACCGGAUCACUCCAAGUUGAUGCCGUUGGUGCGGACAACGCCGUCAUUGAACGAAAUUCUCUUCGAAGCGUUGCGAAAUACCAAAUCGGCAAAGCAAGACUCGUCUGCGUCGAAUGGUGUAGAGGAACGCUCGAUGAGCAAUUUCGAUUACAUAGCGCCAACGAACUAACCGUAACUUCAGAAGUAGUUGGGCUACCCACGGUUGCAUUGAAGAGUCAGAUAGCUUGUUGCGUGGCUGUUGGAGACUCAACCUGUACGCAGAAGCCAACCUCGAAACCGAAAGGUGAAGUGGAGCCAGUACGGCUGGAAACGUUAUCAGGGAUAGUUUUACAUGGGCCCGUGUUGGCAUCUGCGGUCUUCUUCAGCACCAAACGAGCCCGAAAAUACUCUCUGCAUCUUGGAGUGAGGAAUCAGCGAACGUUCGCCGAAGAUCAAAAAGCAUGUAGACCCCUGAAGCUCAGCUUCCGCCCACUGACACCACCAAUAUGAGCCAUGCUACGAGCCAAACCAUCUCCUCCACCCCUACUCAUGCUACCCACUUUAUCCCUAGGUCCUUCGUCUCAGUAGGGCUCAUAGAAUCGGGCCCUAUGCCCUACAUCAAUUUAGACUUUAUCACGAAGGACAUAUGCAUGAGCACCCUCUAGUUGCCGACUAGCAUCAGCCAACCACACGGAC